UUUUAGGAAAUAUUUCCUAUUCAUUUCGUGUUACGGCAGUGUGCUUUUUAGUUGCAAGACAAGUACAACUGUUUCAUAAGAGACCUGAUAUUCCGUUUCGUGCGACAAGAUGGCUACUCAAUGUGUGUCAAAAGUAGAACUCUCCAUCUCGUGCAGCAAUCUCCUCGACAAAGACGUUGGAUCCAAGUCUGACCCACUCUGCUUGCUGCUGCAGAGCAUUGGGGAUGACAAGUGGACCGAGUUGGACCGCACAGAGAGGGUAGAAAACUGCCAGGACCCCGAGUUCUCCAAGAAGCUGCUCCUGGACUACCACUUUGAGAAGGUGCAGAAGUUGAAGUUCGGUGUCUAUGACAUAGACAACAAGUCUGUCGAUCUGAAGGAUGAUGACUACCUGGGGGGGUUUGAGUGCACACUGGGACAGAUUGUGUCCAGCAAGAAGUUUACCAGACCUCUACAACUGAAGAAGGGGAAGCCUGCAGGAAAAGGCACUAUUACUAUUACUGCUGAGGAGAUAAAGGAUAACAGGGCCAUAGUGCUGGAGGUGGAGGCUAAAGGCCUGGAUAAGAAGGACUUGUUUGGGAAAUCUGAUCCAUUCCUAGAAUUCUUUAAGCAAGGAGAUGAUGGCAAGUGGCAGCUAGUUCACAGAACAGAGGUUGUCAAGAAUAAUCUGAGUCCGUCAUGGAAGAAAUUCACUGUGGCUCUGCAAACAUUCUGCAACUGUGACAUGAGCAAACCAAUCAAGGUCCACUGCUCUGAUUAUGAUAGUGAUGGCUCGCAUGACCUUAUCGGUGUUUUCCAAACUAAUGUGUCUGAGCUGCAGAAAGCUGCCCAUGGUUCGCCGGUGGAGUUUGACUGUGUCCAUCCAGAGAAGAAGAAGAAGAAGAAGAGUUACAAAAACUCUGGAGUAAUCAGUGUCAAGGGCUGCCAGAUACAGGCACAGUACACAUUCCUGGACUAUGUCAUGGGAGGUUGCCAAAUAAAUUUUACGGUGGGCAUUGACUUCACUGGGUCAAACGGCGACCCUCGCUCUCCACAGUCCCUGCAUUACCUGAGUCCUGAUGGUCUGAACCAGUACCUGUCGGCCACAUGGUCAGUGGGCCUUGUGGUCCAGGACUAUGACACUGACAAACUCUUCCCUGCCUUUGGAUUUGGAGCUCAAGUGCCCCCAGACUUCAAGGUAUCCCAUGAAUUUGCACUGAACUUCAACCCAAGUAAUCCUUACUGUCAAGGGGUCCAGGGGAUUGUGGAGGCCUACCGCAUGGCCCUACCUCAGGUGAAGCUCUACGGUCCCACCAACUUCUCCCCCAUAAUCAACCACGUGGCAGGCAUCGCGUCAGGGGCGGCACAGCAGAACAACGCAUCGCAAUACUUUGUCCUGCUAAUCAUCACCGAUGGCGAGAUCACGGACCUGGACCAGACCCGGGAUGCCAUCGUCAAGGCCUCACGGCUGCCCAUGUCCAUCAUCAUCAUCGGGGUGGGUGAAGCAGACUUCAAGGCCAUGGAGCUGCUAGAUGGAGACGACGGCGUACUCAAGUCCCUGAGUGGCGAGCCCGUGACCAGGGAUAUUGUGCAGUUUGUGCCCCUCAGACAGUUUGCCAAUGCCCCUAAGGAAGCCCUCGCCCAGAGUGUCUUGGCUGAAGUGCCCAACCAACUUGUGUCCUACUUCAAGAUGCUGAAACUGGAUCCAGUCAACAUUCCUGCCCUCAAAGCUUAGUGGAGCAAGCAGAAAUGCAGCACUUUUCAUUCCUAGCCACUUGAGGGAGCCAGCACACCCCACCACACAGGGUUAUGAGUAUGCCCACUAUCGGAUGUGAAAAUCCUGAAAUGAUUUCACUGUCAAUGCUCAUUUUGCCUUUUGAUGCCACUUAUGACAAUUCUGACCAUAUAUAUAUAUAUAAUUUUUUCUAGUCAUAGAUAUUUCUCAUUCUUUGCUGCUUCAGAUAUUCUUCUUUCAUUCCUCUGGAAGUAACAAGGAGUUCAAGAAGGGUGAUGUUAAAAAAAAUAGUGGAAAGGAGAGCUUUAAAUAAAGCUAAAAUAAUAUUGCAUUUCGUGAAAUGCAGCUUCAAAACAUUUGAUGAAAUAAAGUAGGCUACUCGCGUAACAAAUAAAGUUUGAACUCCUCGAUCAGACCAAGAGAUUAUUUGCGUUUUGGUACACAAACACAUUGUGUUGCAGUGCGUUCUGUGUGGCGCAUACAUGGAUUUAUCCAACGUAUGCAUUAAAUUGUAUUUGUAGACUUGACGGAAAUAGUAACAAAGGGUGAAUGUUGAACUUUUGUUGCACACAUCCAGUAAAACAAUUGUAUUACGUAAUGAAAAAAGUUUGACCUCCAGAAUUGAUUAUGCAGCAUUGAUGCAAUGAUGCUGUAGGUCUGAUCAAGGCGUUACUGGUGGUACAUCUUCAAAAUAAUAAUGGCUACAAAUGCUUAGAGCAUGCACCGCACGUUACAUGUUUCUAAAGGCUUCUGCAUGCUUUGGUUCGGCUGGCACCUAGCAGAAAUCGGCUAGGUGAACUGAACGAGUGUGCUUACAUACUCCUUUAAAAGACCUUCGCUUGAAAAAAAGCAGCGAUGGUACUGUUUGUACAACUUGAGACUCCGUAGCCAGUAUACACUUCCUCAAAAUAGUCAGAAAUAAUCUAAGAUAACUGAAGAAAUGUCAUAAAUUUUUACUUCGUUGAAUGACAAACAUUCCUGUUGACCAAUGACUGACGAAGGGGUGUAGACUUCGGCUACUGAAAUUCAGCUUGCCUCCAAGGUUUUUUUUGUGUGCGAACAGGAGAAAAAAACCUUGCUAAAGACCAAAACGAACAAAAACAGUCAAUGUCGUCCUAAUAUAUGCACACACACUAUACCGAACUGUUUCGGAUGGGAAGCAUGCGGACGCCUUUUGUCUCGUGUGGCCAGCCUUUCAAAUCCCGUAUUGGAAGUCUGGCCAUCUUCAAAUUUGGAUUUUCGAGUUUGAAGUGGCUGCAUUCGUUUUGUAUCUUGUGCAUGUUCACGUGUUGCAAGUCAGAAUCUCUUUGGAACUAUACCAAACUCCAAUUUAGAACCUCAGACUUUAACACAAUAAUGUGUUUCUUAGCAGUAUUCGUUUGUUUGUAGCCUACUUUUUUUCCUUAGGGGAUACUUCUCUUUAUUUUCAUUGCAAAGACGCUUCCUCCGUUAUAGAGGUUAGGCAGGGUGAUUCUACGUUAUCAGUGCAAACGUCUUCAUUUCCUAAUUGUGUUUAUUACAUCAUGGCCAUUAUCACUCCAUCACUCGGUAUUCCACCACUCAAACUUGAAUACUUGUGCAUGACUUUUUUCACUGCUUAUUAACCUUUAUGCAAUGUAGUUUUUUAUGAUAGUGUAUGUCACAUUAUGAGAGCUGGUAUUAUACACCACCUUGCACUUAAUAUGCUUAAAGUGUAUACGUCACAAAUGCCAAAAUGUAAACAUAACUGGAGACAAAGUCAUUUUUGGAGGCAUGACGCUACAGUAUAGGUAGCAAUAGGAUUGGUAGCUAGCUAACUCUAAAUCUCUAGCGAGCUAGCUGUGAAACGAAACUGAUGUGGCUCCAGUAAUGAUAACAUUUUGACAUUUGUAACGUAUCCAAUUUAGAAUGGUAUUCUCAUGCUGGAGAUUAUUUAGAAAUGUAUGCUAAAUCAUAUUAAUCUGCAUGCUAUGGAUUGCUAAAGUUUUGUACCGAAGAUUAAAUGUGCCUUAAUUAGAGUAGUGCUGUAGAACUUCUCACAAAUUGUUUACUACCCCCAUUUGAACACCAUAUUAUCAGGAAAUUGCUAUUGAUCCAGAUGUUAGAUGCUUUCGCCUAUUCUAUUUUCUCCCUAAAACAAUGGAAACUAAAAUGAUAGAUUUGAGAAUGAUGUUAUAUAUUUAAAUGAAUUAAAUCUAAGUGGCUGUGUUGGAGGAUACCCCUUUUGAUUAGAACAUAACUUUGCCUACAUAUUUGCCCAUGGUAGAAAUGGUCAGAAUAUGAAUAUUUGACCGGAAUGACCAACCGUUCAGGAGAUAAAGCUCCACAAAGUUUGCCCAUUUUGCUAUUUCCCCCCCCCCCACCCACAAGUCAUGAGACAUCCAUAUCUUGGUCAUUGAUGUAAUUUCAAAGCAUACAAACAGGGUUGUUGUUUUUUUAAUGUUAAUUAACAAAACGUGUUUUUCUUGUGUUAUGCUGUAGUUUAUACCCUAUUUCACAUCAAAUUAGGUGUUUGUGUUAUGCCCACCAUUGGUUGAAACGCAGUAUACUAAAAUGUGAAUUAACAUUUCAACUUCCAAAUGGUACCAUAAAAAUUGUUGCAGGUCCACCCAUCAGACAAUGUUGACAUGAACAGGAAUAUCCAUUGACAAUAUUAUUUAAAACAAUCUUCUAUAGCAGGGGUAUUCAACUCACCCUACAAGGUCCGGAGCCUGCUGGUGUUCUGUUAUACAUGAUAAUGAAUUCCACACACCUGCUGUCCCAGGUCUAAAUCAAUCACUGAUUAGAGGGGAACAAUGAAAAAAUACAGUGGAACUGUCUUUGAGAUCCAGAGUUGAGUUUGAGGGUUCUAUAGGAAAUGUGUUAAUCGUAGAAAUAUAGAUGAUCGAAUAGACCGCUCAAACUAAACUCUGACCUGGGACUCCAGGUGUGUGUGUAAUAAAUUCCAGUAGAACAGAAAACCAGCAAGCGCUGGACCUCGUUGAGUCCUGCUGGAAUAGACAGUCCCAUUCAUCGGUGUGAGAACCGGCAGCCGUCUUUGUGGUAGUAGUUGGAAGUUAAAAUGUCAAUUCUAUUUAAUACCUAUGGCGUACCAGCUAAAUUUGCAGUGGUCUGAAGGGAUAGGUCCAAUCUAGGAAUUAUAUUUCUCUGUUUUAAAUUACACCCUCCCUGUUAUCAAGUGUGCUGUGUCACAACUGAUGGUGGGGACAACACAAACACCACAGAUUUUGUAAAAUAGGGUCUCCUCUACAAUAUGUGAAUAUGAAAAACUCUUGAGUUUAGAUAAUUGACAAUUAUAGUUUUUUUUUAUUUUAGAAAAUAUGAAACAACCUUAUACUCUGAGACAGUGAGACGACCUAAUGAUGGCUGUUUUUCAAAGGGGUCUCUAUUUCCUAAAUGUGGUCUGCAAUUAUAAUUAAGACAAAUGUUCUAUUUUUAUUUUAUUAUUUUUGUAAAUGAGUUCUCUGUAUGCCAUGAAUCUGGUUUGCUUUAGUAAUGUGCUUUUGAGGCCAAAGAAGUGGAUUUGGGUGUAAUCUACACAUUUGAACAGAAUCUUAAUUUCACAGGGCCAUGGGAUUGAUUUUGUCUUCGUUAUACAGCAAGACGGUGAUGUGCCAUUUAGAUCAGAAAAAACACACUUUCUAACUUAAUGCCAAACAGUUGUGUCAAGUGUUUAUCUUAUCAGAUACUUAAUUAAGGAGCCAAAACAAAUUAUAUAAAAAUGAAAUAUCAUUGUAACCAAGAGACCAUAACUUUAUCUAAGCCUAGCCAUACCAACAUUCAGCCAAUUAUAUUUAGAAUGCUUUCGUUAUCACCCUUUCUGAAAUAUAGCUUUUUGCAACAUGUUUUUUUGCAUUCUGAAAUAAAUACAUAUUUCUAAAUGA